AUGAAUAAAUUUAUUAGAACGUUAAUACUUGCUGUUGUUAUUAAGAUACAAAUUAAUUUAGGAAGAAGUUUAAGCUAUGAUAAACAUUGUUGUUCCCCAAACGUACAUAUUAAUUUUCACCGAAGUAAUAAUACUAGUGAAGUUAUAAAAAAGAUUAAUACUUCAUACAGGAAUGUUAAAAGCAAAAAUAAUUACAACAAUUUCACGAAUAAUUCUUCCCUUUUUAUUAAUAAUUAUAAACCAAAAUAUGAGAAAAUAAAAAGAGUGAGUCCAUUAAGUUUUAACAUCAAGGAUGCCCAUAAUUAUAAUACAAAAAUUAGUCAAAAUGUAAUAAAUGCAUUAAACAGAAAAAUAAAUGAUGGAUUUUUUUCCCUAUUCAGUUCUGCUAAUAGAGACACAAGCAUCUAUAGCAAUGAAUUUGAAAGUAAUAAAAUUAUAGAUGAUAUAUCACCCAAUAAUAAUUCUGAAAAUACUGGAAAACAAAAUCAGAGUUCAUAUGGGAAAACAUUAAAUGAUAAUAACAAUUCUGGAAAAGAUGUAGAUCAAAAAAAUUCAUGUACUUUUUUAAAUAAGGUAGUAGAAGGAGGAAAGACAGUAUCGUUACUAGGGUUAUGGUAUGUAUGCAAUAUUUUUUACAAUAUUGAAAAUAAAAAAGCAUUAAAUUUGUUAAAUUUGCCAAUUACAAUUGCAAUAGCACAGAUAUAUGUUGGAUUGCCAAUUUUCCUAAUUCCGUGGUUAUUGAAGUUAAGAAAUCAACCUGAACUCUUUUAUGAUGAACAAGAAAUGAAAAAAAUAAGUUUUAGCGAUAGAAAUGCAUUAAUAAAAGGAUUUCAAAAAUAUGUCCUGUUUUUAAAAAAAUAUAGUAGCAUAAUGAAACAAAGUAUAUAUCAUGGGUAUGCCCAUUUAUUAUCAGUAAUGGCAAUGGGAGCUGGUGCAAUUAGUUUUGUUCAUAUUGUUAAAGCAUCUUCUCCAUUAUUUGCAGCAUUCUUUUCAUAUUUCCUAAUGAAUAAUAGAAUGUCUAUAUAUACUUACACCUCUCUAUUGCCAAUUGUGUUUGGUGUAUCAUUAGCUUCUAUAAAAGAAUUAUCAUUUACGUAUAAAGCAUUAUAUUCAACUUUAUCAGCCAACGUACUUUCAACUAUGAGGGCUAUAGAAGCAAAAAUCAUGAUGGAUAAAAAUCUUGAAAAAAUAGGAAAACAUUUAACUCCAGAAAAUAUAUUUGCACUUCUAACUCUUUCAUCUGCAAUAUUUUUAACCCCAGCUUUAUACCUUGAUGCACAUAAAUGGAAUGAUGCAUAUUCGUACUUAAUGAAUAAUAAAGACGUUUUAAAAGUCUUGGGAAGACAUGUACUAAUGUCAGGUGUAUGGUUUUAUUUAUAUAACCAGUUAUCAUUUAUUUCAUUGAACAGAUUAAAUCACAUUACCCAUGCCGUUGCAAGCACAGUGAAAAGAGUUUUCUUAAUAUUAACAAGCUACUUUAUUUUUGGAACGAAGUUUUCUCUUCUUGGUGGAUUGGGUUCAACAAUGGCUGUAAGUGGAACAUUCUUAUAUUCUAUAGUAAAAAAAAAAUUUGGCUAG